GGACCCGGACGGUUGAGGGCGAGAAGAGCCCGAGAAGACGCGCGGCACGGAAGCCCUGGCCUCUUCUUCUCGAAAGUCAGUCCAUCUUCCUCCCGGACGGACUUCCCGGGACCCCGGGGGCUGCUGAGCUGGGGGGGCGCUCGAGCUGCGAGGAUCCGGGCUGCCCGCAGGAGGAGGAGCGGGCACCCAGGAUGGGGUGCGUGAAGUCCAAGUUCCUCCGGGACAGAGGCAAGGUCUCAAAGACCGAGCCCAGUGCCAACCUGCACAGCCCUGUGUACGUGCCGGAUCCCACAUCCCAGGGCAAGCGGUGGCCUGACAGCAGCAGCGACAACCCACCAGGGUCCACGGAGGCAGGUUCUGAGGACAUCAUCGUGAUUGCCCUGUAUGAUUACGAGGCCAUUCACCAUGAAGACCUCAGUUUCCAGAAGGGGGACAAGAUGGUGGUCCUGGAGGAGUCCGGGGAGUGGUGGAGAGCUCGAUCCCUGGCCACACGGAAAGAGGGCUAUAUCCCGAGCAACUACGUCGCCCGCGUUGACUCUCUGGAGACAGAGGAGUGGUUCUUCAAGGGCAUCAGCCGGAAGGAUGCGGAGCGCCAACUCCUGGCCCCCGGCAACGUGCUGGGCUCCUUCAUGAUCCGGGACAGUGAGACCACCAAAGGGAGCUACUCUUUGUCUGUGCGAGACUACGACCCCCAGCACAGGGACACAGUGAAACAUUACAAGAUCCGGACCCUGGACAGCGGGGGCUUCUACAUCUCCCCACGGAGCACCUUCAGCACCCUACAGGAGCUGGUGGUCCACUACAAGAAGGGGAGCGAUGGACUCUGCCAGAAGCUGACAGUGCCCUGCGUGUCCUCCAAGCCCCAGAAGCCGUGGGAGAAAGACGCCUGGGAGAUCCCCCGGGAAUCGCUCAAGAUGGAGAAGAGGCUUGGAGCUGGGCAGUUUGGGGAAGUCUGGAUGGCCACCUACAACAAGCACACCAAGGUGGCCGUGAAGACGAUGAAGCCAGGGAGCAUGUCAGUGGAGUCCUUCCUGGCAGAGGCCAACCUGAUGAAAACUCUGCAGCAUGACAAGCUGGUGAAGCUGUACGCCGUGGUCACGGAGGAGCCCAUCUACAUCAUCACAGAGUUCAUGGCCAAAGGGAGUCUGCUGGACUUCCUGAAAAGCGAAGAAGGCAGCAGGCAGCCCCUGCCGAAACUCAUCGACUUUUCGGCCCAGAUUGCAGAAGGCAUGGCCUUCAUCGAGCACAGGAACUACAUUCACCGAGACCUCCGAGCCGCCAACAUCUUGGUCUCUGCGUCCCUGGUGUGCAAGAUUGCUGACUUCGGCCUGGCGCGGGUCAUCGAGGACAACGAGUACACGGCUCGGGAAGGCGCCAAGUUCCCCAUUAAGUGGACAGCUCCUGAAGCCAUCAACUUUGGCUCUUUCACCAUCAAGUCAGACGUCUGGUCCUUUGGUAUCCUGCUGAUGGAGAUCGUCACCUACGGCCGGAUCCCUUACCCAGGGAUGUCAAACCCUGAGGUGAUCCGGGCACUGGAGCGCGGGUACCGGAUGCCUCGACCAGAGCACUGCCCGGAGGAGCUCUACAACAUCAUGACUCGCUGCUGGAAGAACCGGCCUGAGGAGCGGCCCACCUUCGAGUAUAUCCAGAGUGUGCUGGAGGACUUCUACACGGCCACCGAGAGCCAGUACCAACAGCAGCCGUGAUGGGUGGGGCCAGGGCCGGCCGGCGCUGGGGCGAGGCCUGUGAGGUGGCUCCAGCGCCGUCUUCCCAGUGCCACUCACCCUUCCCGCUCCCAGACACCCGCCCUUGCUCCAGCCACGGCUCCUCAUCUGUCAGGUGGAUGGGUUGGACUGGACAAUCUCUUUUUGACUCUAGCAAUCCACAAUCUGCCGUUCUCAGGAAACCCCAAGUUGACAUUUCUAUUGCCUGGGACAGUUGGAUUCCAGUUACUGCUGUGGUUUGGAUGGGAAACUUCAAAAAUAAUGAAAUAAAUAUUUAAAUAAAAGGUAUGAAUGCUAAA